GUUUGUUGAUGAAGGUUACUUGUUUUGAAUAUUAUCGGCUACUUGUCUCAUUUUUCAAAGAGAGGAAUCUAGUUUUGUUUAUUAAUGGCUGCAGUUAAUGGAACUAAGAACUUGAAAAGAAAAGCAGAAGACCCUUUCGAUAUUGAUCCUAUAUCUGAUGAAGAGAUUGAUGAGUCUGUUAGCAAAGCAGAAAGAGUGGUCACUCAUCGCUUGUGCCCUUAUUUAGACACUAUUAAUAGGCAAGUUUUAGACUUCGAUUUUGAAAAACUUUGCUCAGUAUCAUUAUCUAGGAUAAAUGUAUAUGCUUGUCUUGUUUGUGGGAAAUAUUUUCAAGGAAGGGGUACCAACACUCAUGCUUAUACGCACAGUGUAGCCGAAAGUCAUCAUGUCUUUCUCAAUCUUCACACCUUAAAAUUUUAUUGUUUACCAGAUAAUUACGAAAUAGUAGAUUCUUCUUUAGAUGAUAUAAAAUAUGUGUUAAAUCCAACAUUUACUUCUGACCAUAUUAAACAAUUGGACACAACUGAUAAGUUAUCAAGAGCUAUAGACGGUACCUUAUAUCUUCCUGGAAUCGUAGGAUUGAACAAUAUUAAGGCUAAUGAUUAUUGUAAUGUUAUUCUUCAGGCUUUGAGUCAUGUGACUCCCCUCAGAGAUUAUUUUUUAAGAGAAAUUAAUUAUGCUAGAAUAAAGAGACCUCCAGGAGAUAGCUCUUUUCUUCUUGUUCAGCGUUUCGGGGAACUCAUGAGGAAAUUAUGGAAUCCUAGAAAUUUUAAGGCACAUGUUUCACCACAUGAAAUGUUACAAGCCGUUGUUUUGUGGAGUAGAAAGAAAUUUCAAUUUACUAAACAAGGUGAUCCUAUUGAUUUUUUAUCUUGGUUCCUUAAUGCUCUUCACCUUGCUUUAAACGGCGGUAAAAAAAAGGACUCCUCCAUCAUUUAUAAAACUUUCCUUGGUGCGAUGAGAAUAAGAACUCGAAAAAUUCCACCAGUUGAAUUAGAGGAAAAACAGAGGUCGGAAUUGCUUUUAACUGAAGAAUAUCAAGAGCGAGUGACUGAUUCACCUUUUCUUUAUCUCACCUGUGAUCUUCCGCCUCCGCCUCUGUUCAAAGAUGAAAUUAUGGAAAAUAUUAUUCCUCAGGUUAAUCUUUAUAAUCUCUUGACUAAAUUCAACGGAGAAACGGAAAAAGAAUACAAGACCUACAAAGAAAACUUUUUAAAAAAGUUUGAGAUCACCCAGUUACCUCCAUACCUUAUUCUAUACAUAAAGAGAUUCACCAAGAAUACAUUUUUUGUUGAAAAAAAUCCUACUAUUGUCAACUUUCCUGUCAAGAAUAUUGAUUUUGGAGAAUUUUUGAUGCCAGAAGUAAGAGCUCAGCAUAAAAGCACAGUUUAUGACUUGGUUGCUAAUAUUGUGCAUGAUGGUGAACCUGACAAGGGAACGUAUAGAGUACAUCUUCUGCAUAAGGGCAACGGGAAAUGGUAUGAAAUGCAGGAUCUUCAUGUUACCGAUAUCCUUCCUCAGAUGAUAACAUUAACUGAAGCUUACAUUCAGAUUUAUGAAUUGAAAACUGAUGAAAACUGAAGUUAGUUGAAGAUUGAAUUAAUUUUAAUUUUUGUAAAUUAAUACUUGUACAUAUUUAUAUAUAAUAUAUUUAUAAAAUAUUUUAAUUAAAUUUGAUUGAUUCCUCAUUUGGUAGUAAAUUUACAAACAUUUUUAAUAUAUUUGUAGUAAAAAAAAAAAUACCGUUGAAAUAUAUUCAUUUUUACUAAACUACUACA